AUGAGGGUCUCCCAAUUGACCUACGCACUCACUCUGGGGGGACUGGCAUCGGCAGCCGAGGACGCUCUGAGGUCCCGAAGCGAUGCGUGUGCCGCGCUCGCAGCAGCCUUGCCGGGCGACGUGGCGUAUCCCAACACCACGCCCUACAUCCAGGCCAACAAAUACUGGUCGGAUCGACAGGCCGAGGUGCAUCCGCGGUGCUUCGUGACUCCAAGAAGCACGAAGGGGGUCUCAACAGUCAUGAAGAUCCUCACGUCGCGGAACACACCCUUCACCGUCAAGAGCGGCGGGCACACCGCCUUCGCGGGCGGCUCUAACGUGGCCGACGGCGUGACCAUCGACCUGGUGUACCUGAACGCCAUCACCGUCUCGGCCGAUCGCCAGACCGUCUCCGUCGGCCCGGGCAACCGCUGGAUCAACGUCUCCGAGACGCUCGACCCGCUCAAGCUGGCCGUCGUGGCCGGGCGCGUCGCAGACGUCGGCGUAGGCGGACUGAUCCUCGGCGGCGGUAUCUCGUACUUCUCUGGCCUGAAGGGAUGGGCCUGCGACAACGUGCGCAACUUCCAAGUCGUGGUUGCGUCGGGCGACAUCGUCAACGCGUCGCCGAGAGUGAACGCGGACUUGUACUGGGCGCUGCGCGGCGGCGGAGGCUCGAAUUUCGGCAUCGUGACGCGCUUCGACCUGGCUUCGUUUGAGCAGGGCGAUCUGUGGACCAGCUCGCUGAUCUUCCCGGGCGCGUUAAACACCACGCUCAUUCCGCUGUUCCAGAACUUGACCGUCAAUGGCCUGCCGAGCGAUUCAGCGGCUCACACGUACUUCGUUUUGACGUACCAGCCUUCCUUUGGCGGGUACAUUGCGCUCACGAGCUUCUAUCAUGCCACCAUUCCUUCGCCACCGGACAGCACGCCUCCAGUUUUCGCCCCGUUCCAUUCCGUCCCAGCAGCGAUUGUCAACUCGACGAUCGUCACCAACAUCUCGACACAGUCCAGGGUCAUCGACGUCCCCUACGGUUCGCGGCAAACAUGGUGGGACACGACCGUCUCCGCCACGUCGGCGUCCCUGCUCGCCGACAUCGUGCCUCUCUUCGAAGCCCGCAACGCCGCUCUGUUUGCAGCCGCCAACGGAAGCAGCGUUGUCCCGUUCCUGGUCUUCCAGCCCAUCCCCGUGAAUGUCCUCUCCGCAAUGCAAAAGAACGGUGGCAACGCGCUCGGCCUGGAACCUUCGGAUGGACCUUUGAUGCUAGUGCAGCUGACAACGACGUGGGAAGACGAACGGCUGGACGCGCUCGUCGAGGACAGCUCGCGGGAGCUGGUGGCCAAGGUCGAGAGAAUGGCAAAGAAGCGCCGGCUGGACAACGGGUUCGUCUACAUGAACUACGCGGGCAGCACACAGCAAGUGCAGAAGCACUAUGGCAAGGAUAACCAGCGCAAGCUGAAGCGGAUCGCCAGGGAAUGGGAUCCGCAGGGAAAGCUGGCGAGGCUUUGGAGAGGUUAUUUCAAGCUCUAG